AAGCAAUGGAGUUUUAACGGUAAUUUUAUAGUCUAUCAUUUUCCUUAGUUAUUUCAUGUGUUAUUUUAAAAAUUCAUUUUUACUUGCAUGCAUGAAAAAACCUCGGACUUUCAAGUAACUUCACGAUCCAUCAAAUGGUUUGAAAAAUGAAAAUUAUAAAUUUUUAUGGAAUAAAUUGUCUUGCAAUACUCUUCAUUUUACUUCUCCAAGUGGAAGGGCAAGGUUGGUCAGUGUUUUUUGGAUUUACUGAGCUGAAAAAUGUUCCUGGUGAAAUUGCAGAUGAACUGGUAAAUAUAACCUGCACCACAAUAACAGAUUGCACAUCAAGAAUAAAUGGUUCAUUAUGUACAAAUGGAUACUGCAACUGUCCGGAAGACAUGCCAGUCUUUGUGAAUGCAACAGCCAAAUUUGACGCCAGCUAUUGUUUGCCAGCUUUGAACCUGACUGAGAAGAACUGCACUUUCAGCCAACAGUGCCGAUAUGACAAUGCAUUGUGUUUUAAGCAAACUUGUUUAUGCGCUGAGAAAUACAUACCAGUUGAUGGAAACUGCAAGUUAGAAGAAAGGACAGCAAUGAUACCAAUAAUAGUAGGAAGCGUCAUAGGAGCAGCAAUAGUUUUCACACUUAUCUCUUACUUUAUAAUGUCUCGAAAAAAAGAUGUGACUUAAUAUUUUGUAAUAAAGCCAAUUCUAAUAUGUU